CAUAUAUCCAACUUUGUGCGGGAGGCUGCUCUCGACGGUUGGAAUACAGACAAAACCUUGAAAACAUAUCUCAUUUGAGAACCUCAAUCCUGGGAAUAGUGGUUCCAUACAGUCAACAUCUCAACUGAAAUGGCAGACAUUGCAGACAUCCAAAUUAAGGAGCUGAACAAGCGUGCGUCAGGUCACGCGUUUGAGCUCAUCCUGAGACCCACCUCUCCGGAUGCAAAAGUGCAAUUUCCACUGUCCCCUGUGAAAAAGAAGGAAACCUCGCUGGAUGAGAUUCUGAAGAAGUUGGAGGCCGCUGAUGAAAGACGCAAGAACCAUGAGGCUGAAUUACUAAAGAACCUGGCGGAGAAAAGAGAGCAUGAGAAGCAAGUGAUCCAGAGGGCCAUAGAUGAAUGCUCCAACUUCAGCAAGAAUACACUGGAAAAGCUCACUCAAAAAAUGGUGGCUGCACAAGAGAGACACCAGAUCCACGAGGCUGAAGUGCUGAAAACCCUUGCAGAGAAAAGGGAGCGUGAGAAGGAGGUGCUCCAGAGAGCCAUGGAUGAAGGCUGCAACUUCAGCAAGACCACUCAGGAGAAGCUCACUCAGAAGAUGCUUGCUGCAGAAGAGCGACACAAGACCCACGAGGCUGAAGUGCUGAAGCAAUUGGCCGAGAAACGAGAGCAUGAGAGAGAAGUCCUCCAGAGGGCCCUGGAUGAUUGUUGCAACUUUAGCAAGACAACUCAAGAGAAGCUUAACCAGAAGAUGGAAGCAAACAAAGACAAUCGCGAAGCGCGAUUGGCUGCUCUCGAUAAGAAACUCAAGGAUAAGGAAAAGAAGAUCGAAGAACUGAAGAAGACAAAGGAAUGAAUGAAGAUGCAAAGAGAAUGUAUUCCAUUCAAGGAAAAGCUUUGUGUUACAUUUAUUGCAAUAGUUGCAGUUUAAGAUUUAGUGCCUCUUUUUACUAGUUCCUGUUGGCAGCUGAUUACACUGUUUCUGGUGUUAACUGUGUUUUUCCACUGGUGGCCAUUCCGAUUUAUAUACUGGUCCAUAUUCAGCACUUGUGAUAAAUUGUAUAUUUAAAAUUGCAGGUACUUUUCAUUUCUUUCUUGAGAGACCUUGCUUGCAAUCCUGUACUAUUACGAAUAAACUUCAGAUGACUUAA